CGUUUUUUCUCUCUUGCCCGGCUCUAUCACCGCCGCUUCAUCUUCAAAACAUUAUUCCCUCUUGAAAGAACAACCCUUUUUUUUUUUUUAUAUGUAACCACCGUUUCAUAAACCCUAAAAAAAAAAUUACACUUCUUUCUCCGCUUUGAUUUUUUCAAGAAAAAUAACAAAUUGUCGAGAGAAAAAACAACCAUAACAAACCCGGAAAGGGGUGAAUAUUCUGGGUUUGUUUAGCAACAGAACCAGAGAGAGAGUGAAAACUCAAGAAAUAGACAUCCACAUUUGUGAGUUUUUUUUUUUUUUUAUCUUGAAAAAAAUAACUUAAAACCAUGGCAAAAACCCAGAAGGGUGGUGGUUAUGUCGUUAUGAGGGUUUUCUCUUUCUUCGUUGUUUUCGUGCUGUGUGGCAAUGUGGUUGUCGUUUACUCCGACGACGCGGCGGUGAUGAAAAGUUUCAGAGCGAGCAUAAAGAACCCCGGGUCUCUAGGAUGGACAGCGACGAGCCCGUGUGAAUGGGACAACGUAAACUGCGACGGAUCGAACCGGGUCACGAAGAUCCAAAUCAAGAACAUGAAUCUCCAAGGCACACUGCCGAAGGAGCUUCAGAACCUUACCGCUCUGAGCGAUUUUGAGGUGCAAGGAAACCAGUUCUCAGGCGAUUUCCCAAGCCUCGCGGGGUUAAGCUCUCUGACUCAAAUCAUAGCUCACAGCAACCAAUUCAGUAGCUUCCCUUCGGAUUUCUUCACCGGCAUGACCUCGUUGCAGUCCAUAACCAUCGACGACAACCCUUUUGAAAAAUGGGCCAUCCCAGAAAGCAUCAAGGAAGCCACUUCACUCCAGACUUUCGAGGCCACCAACUGUAGCGUCACCGGUAAUAUCCCAGACUUAAGCUCUUUAGUGUCUUUGACGACUCUGCAUUUGGCUUUCAAUUACCUAGAAGGUGAAUUGCCUGCGAGUUUUUCUGGCUCGGGUAUUCAGGAACUUUGGAUAAAUGGGCAACAGGGUGAUACAAAGCUUAAUGGUUCUAUUGCUGUUUUAGCUAAUAUGACUUCCUUGACUAGCGUUUGGUUACAUGGGAAUCAGUUUACGGGUCCGAUACCGGACUUGUCUAAAGUUACUGGGUUGAGUGAUGCUAGUUUUAGGGACAAUUCAUUGACUGGAGUUGUUCCGGACUCUUUUGUGAAUCUUCCUAGCCUUAAAACUGUGAAUUUGACUAAUAAUUUGCUUCAAGGGCCGGCCCCUAAGUUUCCUAGUAGUGUGAAAGUAGAUAUGAGAGGGAUUAAUAGUUUUUGUUCGGAUGUGCCCGGUGAAGCUUGUGAUUCCCGCGUUAAUGCUUUGUUAUCGGUUGUGAAAGCUUUUGGGUAUCCGAAAGUGUUUGCGAGUAAUUGGAAAGGAAAUGAUCCUUGUGAUACUUGGCAGGGGAUUGUAUGUCUGGCAAAUGGCAAUAUUUCGGUUGUUAAUUUUCAGAAGAUGGGUCUUUCGGGUACGAUUUCUCCCAAUUUUACUCUGCUUCCAUCGAUUCAAAAAUUGAUCUUAUCGGGUAAUUCUCUGACGGGUACUAUACCGAGUGAGCUUAUGAAAUUGCCUAAUCUUGUGGAACUUGAUGUUUCGAAUAAUCGGUUGUAUGGGGCUGUACCGGCUUUUAGAAAUGGUGUGAAGGUGAACACGGAUGGGAAUCCUGAUAUCGGAAAGGCUACAAGUAGUUCCCCUUCACCGGCGCCUCCUGGCUCGCCAUCCAGUGGUGGUGAUAGUGUUUCUGAGAGUGGUGAGACAAAAUCUAAAGUUGGAGUUAUUGUGGGGGCUUCGGUUGGUGGUGUUGUGGUACUGCUGUUAGCUGGGGCUGCGGUUUACUGUUGGUUAAGUAAAAAGAAAAAGCGUUCUGGUAAAGUGCAAAGUCCUCAUGCAGUGGUAGUACAUCCUCAAUUCUCUGGGGACCAGGAUGCUGUGAAGAUUACUGUUGCACCUAGUGGUGCAAAUGGUGGUGCAUAUGAUGGUUUCAGUCCCGGAAGUAAUGGACACAACGACGUUCAUGUCGUGGAGGCUGGGAAUAUGGUGAUUUCCAUUCAAGUUUUGAAGAGUGUCACCAACAAUUUCAGUGAGGAAAAUAUAUUGGGAAGAGGGGGUUUUGGAACCGUUUACAAGGGGGAAUUGCAUGAUGGGACGAAGAUUGCGGUGAAGAGAAUGGAAUCAGGGCCAGUGGGUGAAAAGGGUCAGACUGAAUUCAUGUCUGAGAUUGCAGUUCUUACAAAGGUUCGACACCGGCAUUUAGUUGCACUUCUUGGGUAUUGCUUGGAUGGAAAUGAGAGGCUUCUUGUUUAUGAAUACAUGCCCCAGGGGAGUCUUAGUCAGCAUCUAUUUCACUGGAGAGACUUGGGGUUGAAACCACUUGAGUGGACACGAAGACUGACCAUUGCCUUGGAUGUUGCCAGGGGAGUUGAAUAUCUGCAUAGUUUAGCCCAUCAAAGCUUUAUCCAUAGGGAUCUGAAACCAUCAAACAUUCUUCUUGGAGAUGAUAUGCGGGCUAAAGUGUCAGACUUUGGACUGGUUCGACUUGCUCCAGAAGGAAAAUUCUCUGUUGAAACUAAACUAGCUGGAACUUUUGGGUAUCUUGCACCAGAAUACGCAGUGACCGGACGGGUGACUACCAAGGUUGAUUUGUAUAGCUUUGGAGUGAUUUUGAUGGAGCUAAUCACAGGUAGAAAGGCACUCGAUGAUUCCCAGCCUGAAGAAAGCUUGCACCUUGUCACAUGGUUCCGCAGAAUGUACCUUAACAAGGAUGCAUUUCAGAAGGCCGUUGACCCAACAAUUGAUAUUGAUGAGGAAAGCCUUGCCAGUAUUAAUACUGUUGCAGAGUUGGCUGGCCACUGCACUGGGAGAGAACCCUACCAGAGGCCCGACAUGGCUUAUGUAGUGAAUGUGCUUUCUUCUCUUGUCGAGCUCUGGAAACCGACUGAACCCGAUAAUGAGGACAAUUAUGGUAUUGACCUUGAUAUGCCCUUACCGCAAGCACUCAAGAAGUGGCAGGAAUUUGAGGGAAUGAGCAAUAUAAAUGAAUCCACUUCAUCAUCAUAUCUUGCUAGUGGAGACAAUACCCAAACCAGCAUUCCAAAUCGGCCAUCUGGUUUUGCAGAAUCAUUUGCAUCAUCGGAUGGACGUUGAAGCUUGGGGAUGAAGUUGGAUUAUUCUUAAUGGCCCCAUGUGAUUUAUCGUGUUUAUUCCUUCUGCCCGUUGUGCCUUAUUUGUUCCUUUUGGGUGAGGUUUGUCCUCUUUUUCCAUGCCUAGAUGGAGAUUCUUUUUUUCUUCUCCCCCCUCUCUACAGCUUGAACGGUUUUGAUGUUAUGGUAUUUUAGAAGUCCUUGAUAUGCAGAUAGACAGAAAAACUCAAGGAGGUAUCUUUAAUUUUCCCCUUUGUGCCUGAGUUAGAUAGAGUUCAUCCUUGUGAUGUUUGCUAGUGUAUCAAGCAUAAAGAAAAGGACUAAGUUAAUGAUUGGAGGGUCCAAUUUUACUUAUCCAGUGUACAAAUUCCUACUAGAUUUCAGUGAAUUUUAAUUAAUUUUA